AUGCUAAACUGCCAACAUAAACCAAAGAAAAACAUAUGCAAAUUAUGUGGAAUAGCUGUUUAUAAAGAUGGAUCUGUUGCUUAUAAGCAUAAUAACUUUAAGAGUCAUCAAUAAGCCAAAAAUCUAUUCGAAGAUCUAAGCAACAUAAACCCAAAUUAUGAACGAAGAGAAGAACUAAUUGAUUUCCUCUUUUAAACUAAACAGCGCUUAUAAUUAACUGAUCAAACUUUUCAUUUAGCCAUUUACUACUUGGAUAGAUGUCAACACUUACUUCAAUUUCAAAAUUAAAAAUUAAUAUCAUUGUUGUGUUUGAUGGUUAGUUCGAAAAUGAUCGAAGAUGAUACUCAUAUUCCAGGGAUGAGCAAAUUGUCUAAAGCAAGUGAUUUAAACUUAAAUAAAAAUGAAUACAAAUAGGCAGAAUGCUUAGUUUUAAAAACAUUAAAUUGGAAACUAAAAGUCAGCACUCUAUAUGAACAAGUCUAAAGUCUCCUAUGCAUUGGAGUAGUCUUCUCAACAGACACUAAUGAUGGAAUUCUGGAUAACAACAUUAUCAAUUUUGUUUGUUGUAAAAUGCUAAAAGACCAUUCUAAAAUUGCCUAUUAAGUAACCAAAAUACCUUAAUUGAUGUAAAUUAACACUAAGAUUUUGGCUAUGGCAAUCGUUUUAUACAUGAGAAAACAAUGUCGGUUGCAUCCUCUUCCACAUUAACUAUAAGCUUAGCUUGAAGAAAAUUAAAAUCAAUUGUUGAUUGACACAUAUGGUCAACUCAAUAAUCUUUUAUAAAACAAUUCAUUAAGCAAUACAAAAAGUGUUUCAAGAGCCUUGUCACCUAAUACACUUACUACUUGCAAAUCUAUGCCUCCUGUAACUAGAGUUACGUAAAACGCAAGAAUGCCUCUUAAUAUUAUAACAAAUCAUCAAAUCUGCGUCAAGCCUAAACUCAUAAGAUCAAAACAUUAAGAAUAAGAUUUGAACCCAUUAAGAGUUAAGCACAAGAAUUGUUGA